CAAACAUGGCGGUUCGUUCGCGUUUUCUCUGAGAACGCAAGUGCUUACCGGCGCGGUAUGCCCGUAUUUCCUUUUCACUCCAUUCCAGAAGCAGAGUUUUAGUUUUCGUUGUUGAAAUACCAACACAGAAAACAUGGGCUCAAGAAAAAAAAACCGUCGAAAGUCGCCGGAGCACUGCGGCUCAAUUUUUCAUGGAUGAAGAGCAAUCCGAGCAGAAGUCAACGCACGACAGGGUUGUCGAGCUUAUAAACCAAGCUUCCCUUGUAAGCACCGGCAAAGACAACCUGAAAGUACAGUACCUGAAGCAAGUGCAGGAGCUGAUUAUUUACAAAGAGGCAGAUCUGCUGGAUAAUUUCCUUGAUGAAAUGUUGGCAUUUCAAAAUGAUAGGGUUGCCGAUGUCAGACGGUUUGUCGUCGGCUUCAUCGAAGAAGCAUGCAAAAAGGAUCCAGAGGUUUUUCCCAAGGUCCUGGCCAAUCUACGGAUGAUGUUUCGUGAUGAGCAGGUUGCGAUACAGAAACGUGUCAUCCAGGCAGUGACACAACUGUAUAAAGUUGCAUUACGCUGGAUCUGCAAUGCAAAGGCAGUCGACGAACUCAUGGAAACUUCGUGGGAAUAUAUCUGUGGACUCAAGAUGGAAAUACUGAACCUUCUAGAGUCAGACAAUGACGGUAUUCGCACUCACACAAUCAAGUUCAUGGAGAUGCUUGUAAUCCUUCAGACAUAUCCCGAUGGGGACAGUCCAAAGAAAAGUGAGAAUGACAUAGCACUGGAUGACGUCCCGUUAACGUUAAAAUUCAUCAAACCAAGAAAGUUGGAAGAAGAGGCGAAGCAAGUGUUUGACGCUCUGGUGGUGUUUCACGGAACUCCACACAUUUCAAGCGUCAACUUGAUGGCAUGCAUGCAAGCACUGGUGUUGAUUGCAAAGCACAGGGCAGAAUUUAUGUCCAAGGUCAUUCAAGCAUUAGAGUCACUUCAUGCAAACCUUCCUCCAACGUUGGCAAAAUCUCAAGUCAGCAGUGUCAGAAAGCACUUAAAACUCCAGUUACUCAUGUUGAUAAAGCUCCCAGCUGCUGUGGACUUUCACAGUCAGACCAGCACCCUCUUGACAGAUCUUGGAGCUUCCUCUCAAGAGAUUGCCAGAAGCAUGCCAAAGCCGGAAGAUGUGAAAAAACGCCAGCGGCUAAUUGAAGAAAGCAGCCCAGGAGCACCCCCAGGAGCUGCUCCUCCUGUAAAGAAGAUUAGACUAGAGGCUGAAGAAGAAGAAGAGGAAAAGGAAGAAGAUGAAAUAGUGGGAGGAAUCCCUAAAUCCGCAACAAACACUGCCAUCGACAUCACCGCUGAAGACAUUGUUCCUCGACUCAACACUGUCAAUGUUACCGACAUUGUCCUCGUCAGCAUGCUCUCACUACCAGAAAUUAUGCCUGCACAUUUUCAAGCCUCCUACACACCGAUUGCGGUGGCCGGGACAGACUCCCAGAUCAAGCAUUUAGCACGGUUGAUUGCGACGCAGAUGACAGCCGUGGGAGUUGGAAAAGGUGUAGAAGAAAUUGCCGUUAAAGCGCAGGAAAAACAAAUUGAGGAUGAGAAAGCCGAAGAAGCCGCACAGCCAAAGCAGAGCAUCCAAACCAUAUUGGGCGGCACAACAACCGAGAAGAAAAAAGACCAGAAGAGCUCAGUCUUGUAUCCUACAGGCUUUGAGAGUAAAGGCAGAAGGCAGCGGCAGUUGAAUCUCGCAGAAAUCACCAGGCCAUUGUCCGAGGAAGAUAUGGAACAGAUGCUCGUGCUGACUGUUAGAAGAAUUCUCAAAGCUGGAAGAACACACGGGAGUGGUAUUCCAAUGGUUCAGGUGAAGAUUUUGGCUGGCUUGGCAACCCAGUUUGGCGGUGAAAUCAGUGCGAUGCUGCGAGAUUACAUCCUUGAAGACCCUCGUCAACACGUUGAUGUCGCACUGGCGUGGCUUUAUGAGGAAUACGCCCAGCUGCAGGGGUUCCUGCAAGCUGCUGGCACGCAGACGCCAGCAGAAAAGAAAGCCAGCAACUCCUAUGGGGAGAGCCUCAAUGGACUUCUAAUGGAUGUCCUGCACAAAUGCGAACCGCGGGAACGAGAUGCUCUCUUUGCGAGGUUCUACUUGGAAAUCCCGUCCAUCACACCGGAUGCUCUUCUUAUUUUGAAGCAGUAUUGUUCCAGUGAGUCAACGGUUGGACAGGGUUUAUCUAUCUUGCUCUCAUUGGUGGACUACCGGCCCCCUCAACAAAUGGAGUACCUCCAACAAGUGCUCGAGCUGACCGUGGCACCGAAUCAGGAGGUGCGGCUCCAGGCAGCGCGUCUUGCUAAGCAGCUCCACGAGCGGGGAAACUUCAGAUCUAUAAUUGAGGAUUUUGCUCUGACAUAUCUGCGUUAUUUAUUGGAACCCACGCCGCCACGGCACCUUUUACAUGAACCGAUUGCCCCGUCAACAUGGACAGAAGACUACAUAAAGAUCUGUAUGCAGCUUUACUUGUCACUACUUCCAGUGAACAACAAGCUAAUUCACGACUUAGCCAUCGUGUACGUGGGAGCUGACGCCGAGAUCAAGAGAACCAUUUUCCGUGGACUCGAGGGACCCGUGAAAGGAAUGGGAAUGUCAUCUCCAGAGCUACUCUUACUUGUUGAGAAUUGCCCAAAAGGAGCAGAAACACUUGUGACGAGGAUUAUUCACAUCUUGACAGAUAAGACUCCGCCUUCUUCGGAGCUAGUGGCCAGAGUACGUGACUUGUACCACAAAAGGGUGUCAGACGUUCGAUUCCUCAUUCCGGUCCUCAAUGGGUUGUCAAAGAAGGAGGUCAUAGCGGCCUUGCCUAAGUUAAUCAAGUUGAAUCCAGUAGUCGUGAAAGAAGUAUUCAACAGGUUACUUGGGAGUAAUGUGGAAUCUUCCUCUAAUUUCACAAGCCCAGUGACACCUGCAGAGCUGUUGAUUGCGCUACACAACGUCGAUCCAUCAAAAUGCGACGUCAAAACAGUCAUCAAGGCAACAUCAUUAUGCUUUGCUGAAAAGCACGUCUACACUCAAGAAGUUUUGGCUGUCGUCAUGCAACAGUUAAUGGAACAAAACCCACUGCCCACCUUACUGAUGAGGACUGUGAUCCAGUCUCUGACAUUAUACCCGAGGCUCAUCGGGUUUGUCAUGAACAUUUUGCAGAGGCUAAUUCUCAAGCAGGUUUGGAAGCAGAAGAAGGUGUGGGAAGGAUUUAUCAAAUGCUGUCAGCGUACGCGGCCGCAGUCGCUGCAGGUGCUGCUGCAACUUCCCGCGGAACACCUGCGGAAUGUCUUUCAAGUCAGUCCGGACCUGCAGGAACCACUCAUACAGCACGUGGCUUCCUUCACAGAUCACCAGAAAGCACACAUCCCAAAGUCAAUCUUGGACCUGCUGCAGGUUAAUAGGAAUGGCUCUGAAUUAGAUAGGAACGUGAAAUCACCAAAAAAAACAUUGAGGUCUGCCGUCAAGGUAGAAAUAAAAGACCCUGUUAAGCAAGCAAACAGAAAGACGUCCUCCAGCACAGACUCGGAUGAAGAAGUAUCUAGGGGCAGUUUGAGAAGUUACGGCUCAGUGGACGAGAAGUGGCAAGAAACGGAGGGCUCGGAAGAACCGCCUCCCCCUGGACAAGAACCAUAGAUGUACGAUUUACUCAAUCAUCAAGCGCAAAAUGAAAAUAAAUGAUAAUGGUGGGUGGUUCAUUCAAAUUA